UCACUUACCUAUGAAAGUACUUGUACUCGGCUUAUUCGGGUUAUCAGUUUGCCAAAAAUACUUUUGCUGUUAAGGUCAUGUGAGAUUGUAAAAUACGACGUUUAUUUUGUAACUGCAUAUGUGGACAGUAUAUACAGAAUGGCAUUAAGAUUGAUAAUCCUUGUAGCGCUUUGUAUUGUAACUGUGCACGGACAGACCAAGUACUGUUGUCAUCCUGUAACAUGGGAAUCUGUGAAUUAUAUCAGUGAGGGUCAAGUGGCCAGUGGAACUAAAAAGGCGGUGUAUACUGAGGGUACAGAGAUGGUAUCUGUAGAUGGAACAAACCAUAGAAUAGCCUCUUUGACAACAUAUAACUCUGGGGGAUUCAAAGUCAACGUACUGAUAUUGCAGCUUUUUGAUCAGGGAGUCAUGUAUACUGUUCAGAGCGGAGAAUGCAAGAACACAACGUUACCACCAUGGACUCCUAGAUGCGUACCAGACAGUGCAACUCUUGCAAAAAAGAGUUAUUACGGAAUAGGCGAUAAUAAAGUUGAUGUGGAUAUAUAUGCACUUCAGUCUGGACCUAAUACAGUUUACUUAACAGUAGCAAAUGCUGACUGUACGCCCGUAUAUCAGGCAGCUUAUGGUACAGCUGAAGGAGUAUCUGGACUGGCCUACAAAGCAUACAGAAAUAUCACACUGGGAAUAAAGGACACGUCUGUGUUUGAUGUACCUUCAAUUUGCAGUAACGCCACGGCAUAUCCGCAGAUGUUGGUGCCAAAGCAUGGAUUAUACUAAUCAAAGACUUAACCAAAGAGGACCAAAUAGUGAAAAUUUAUAAAACAAUGUAUGCUUGUGCUAAUAACAAUGUCAUAAUAAGAAUAAUAUGCACUUGUAAACAUACAGAAUGCAUAUAUUGAUUAAUAAAUUUUCUUCUAGCCCAAAUCA